GCCGGCAAUGUGCUGUGACAGGGAGUGAGCUCCCCGUCCUUGGGGGUGUGCAAGCCCAAGCAGUGCCAUCGGGUCGAGCAGACGGGCGGGCCUAGCACUCAGCUGCUCCUCGCCAGGCCAGCCGCCCGCCCUGCCAGCCUCUCCGGGGCUGCCGGGCAGGGCGCUGCUAUUUCUGUCCCCUCGGCGGGAAGCAGGGGCGCCGGCGCCAUUUCGAUCCCUGCCACGCAGCACCAUGAGCACCGCGGCCUUCCACGUGGCGGGGCUCCUGGAGAAGAUGACGUCCAGCGACAAAGACUUCAGGUUCAUGGCCACCAGCGAUCUGAUGACGGAGCUGCAGAAAGACUCUAUCCAGCUGGAUGAGGACAGCGAGCAAAAGGUCGUGAAGAUGCUCCUCAGGCUCCUGGAAGACAAGAAUGGCGAGGUACAGAACCUGGCCGUGCGGUGCUUGGGUCCGCUGGUGGGCAAGGUGAAGGAGUGUCAGGUGGAGACCAUUGUGGAUGCCCUCUGUGCCAACAUGCGGUCCGACAAGGAGCAGCUCCGGGAUAUUGCCAGCAUCGGCCUCAAGACUGUGCUCUCGGAGCUGCCACCUGCAGCCACAGGCUCCGGGCUGGCCACCAAUGUGUGCCGGAAGAUCACUGGCCAGCUCACCAGUGCCAUUGCCCAGCAGGAGGAUGUGGCCGUGCAGCUGGAGGCCCUGGACAUCCUGUCUGACAUGCUGAGCAGGCUGGGAGCCCCGCUGGGCUCCUUCCACGCCAGCCUGCUUCACUGCCUGCUGCCCCAGCUGAGCAGCCCGCGCCUGGCUGUGCGCAAGCGGGUGGUUGUCGCGCUCGGACACCUGGCGGCCACAUGCAGUGCCGACCUCUUCGCAGAGCUCGCAGACCACCUGCUGGAGCGACUGCCCGGCCCAUGCGUGCCCGCCAGCCCCGCCGCUCUGCGCACGCUGGUGCAGUGCGUGGGCAGCGUGGGCCGCCAGGCCGGACACCGGCUCGGGCUCCACCUGGACCGCCUGGUGCCGCUGCUGGAGGAGUUCUGUGGCCUGGAGGAUGACGAGCUCCGCGAAUCCUGCCUGCAGGCCUGUGAGGCUUUCCUGAGGAAGUGCCCCAAGGAGAUGGGGCCCCAUGUGCCCAGAGUGACCAGCCUUUGCCUCCAGUACCUGAAGCACGACCCCAACUACAAUUACAACAGUGACGAAGAUGAGGAGCAGAUGGAGACAGAGGACAGCGAGUCCAGUGAGCAAGAGGUCGAAGAUGAGUACAGCGAUGAUGACGACAUGAGCUGGAAGGUACGGCGGGCAGCGGCCAAGUGUCUGGCAGCCCUGCUGGGCUCGCGGCCCGACCUGCUGCCCGACCUAUACUGCAGCCUGGCGCCUGCACUAGUGCGCAGAUUCCGUGAGCGUGAGGACAAUGUCAAGGCCGAUGUGUUCGCCGCCUACAUUGUGCUGCUGCGGCAGAUGCGGCCACCUCAGGGCUGGCUGAACACCACGGAGGAGUCCAUGCUGGCAGACAGCAGCCUCCGGGCACUGCAAGAACAGGUACCCCUGGUAAUCAAAGCCCUGCAGCAGCAGCUAAAAGACCGCAGUGCCCGGGCACGCCAGGGCUGCUUCAACCUCCUGGCAGAGCUGUCAGGUGUCCUCCCGGGCAGCCUGGCAAAGCACAUGCCUGUGCUGGUGUCAGGCAUCGUCUUCUCACUGGCCGACUGCUCCAGCUCCUCCACCAUCCGGAUGGACACCCUGGCCUUCCUGCAGGGGCUGCUGAGCACAGAGCCUCCUGAGGCCUUCCAGCCCCACCUGCCUGUCCUCCUGCCGCCUGUGAUGGCCUGUGUGGCUGACCCUUUCUAUAAGAUUGCAGCUGAGGCCCUGCUGGUGCUCCAGGAGCUGGUGCGCGCCCUGUGGCCACUGGGCAAGCCUCGGGUGCUAGAUCCUGCACCCUACGUGGUAAAGAUGUCUGAGGCCACACUGGCCCGGCUCCAUGCUACCGACCUGGACCAGGAGGUGAAGGAGCGGGCCAUCUCCUUUGUGGGCUACCUUGUGGGCCACCUGGGCGACCAGCUUGGGGAUAUCUUGCAGCCCACACUCUUGCUCCUCCUCGACCACCUGCGAAAUGAGAUCACCCGGCUACCUGCUGUCAAAGCACUGACACUGGUGGCCAUGUCCCCGUUGCAGCUUGACCUUCAGCCCAUCCUCGCCGAGGUGCUGCCCAUUCUAGCUUCGUUCUUGCGCAAGAACCAGCGGGCGCUGCGGCUGGCCACGCUGGCUGUGCUGGAUGCCCUGGCCCAGAGUCAGGGCCACAGCCUCCCACCCCCAGCUGUUCGGACCGUGCUGGCUGAGCUGCCUGCACUGGUUAGCGAGAGCGACAUGCACGUGGCCCAGCUGGCUGUGGACUUCCUGGCCACCAUGACCCCAGUCCAGCCGGCCUGUAUGGCGGAGGUCAGUGGGCCUGUGCUAGUCCAGUUGUUGCGGCUGCUGCGUUCCCCACUGCUGCCGGCCAGCGUGCUGGUGGCUGCUGAAGGCUUCCUGCAGACACUGGUGGGGAGUCGCCCCCCAUGCAUGGCCUACACUGAGCUCCUCAGCCUGCUCACUGCGCCUGUGUACAACCAGCCUAGGGAUGGCGGGCCAGGCCUGCACAAGCAGGUGUUCCACUCACUGGCCCGAUGUGUGGCUGCCCUCUCGGCCGCCUGUCCCCAGGAGGCAGCAAGCACAGCCAACCUCCUGGUCGGGGAUGCCAGGUCACCGAACUCCAGCACGGGGGUCAAGGUGCUGGCAUUCCUGUCGCUAGCUGAGGUGGGCCAGGUGGCCGGGCCAGGCCCCCAGCGUGAGCUGAAAGCCGUGCUCCUGGAAGCCCUAGGCUCACCCAGUGAAGAUGUGCGGGCCGCAGCCUCCUAUGCACUGGGCCGUGUGGGCGCCGGCAACUUGCCUGACUUCCUGCCCUUCCUGCUGGCUCAGAUUGAGGCCGAGCCACGGCGCCAGUACCUGCUGCUGCAGGCUCUACGGGAAGCACUGGGGGCCGCGCCACCUGAUGGCCUGAAACCCUAUGCCGAGGACAUCUGGGCACUGCUCUUCCAGCACUGCGAGGGCACCGAGGAGGGCACCCGGGGCGUAGUGGCCGAGUGCAUCGGGAAGCUGGUGCUUGUGAACCCCCCAUUCCUCCUGCCCCGCUUGCAGAAGCAGCUCUCAGCAGGUCAGCCGCACACCCGGAGCACAGUCAUCACAGCGGUCAAGUUCCUCAUCACGGACCAACCACACCCCAUCGACCCCCUCCUGAAGACUUUCAUUGGGAACUUCAUGGAGAGCCUGCGGGACCCAGAUCUGAGUGUGCGCCGAGCCACACUGGCCUUCUUCAACUCGGCUGUACACAACAAGCCCUCACUGGUUCGGGAUUUGCUGGACACCAUCCUGCCACUCCUCUACCAGGAGACCAAAGUCCGCCGGGACCUCAUCCGAGAGGUGGAGAUGGGGCCCUUUAAACAUACGGUGGAUGACGGGCUCGACAUGCGCAAGGCGGCCUUCGAGUGCAUGUACUCCCUGCUUGAAAGCUGUCUGGGCCAGCUGGACGUGAGCCAGUUCCUGAGCCAUGUGGAGGAUGGGCUGAAGGACCACUAUGACGUCCGGAUGCUGACCUUCAUCAUGCUGGCACGACUGGCAACACUAUGCCCGGCGCCCGUGCUACAGAGGGUGGACCGGCUCAUUGAGCCACUGCGGGCCACCUGCACCGCCAAGGUCAAAGCUGGCUCCGUGAAGCAGGAGUUCGAGAAGCAGGAUGAGCUGAAGCGCUCGGCCAUGCGGGUGGUGGCCGCCUUGCUUACCAUCCCCGAGGCAGGGAGAAGCCCCAUCAUGGCCGAUUUCGAAGCCCAGAUCCGCUCCAACCCUGAGCUCUCAGCCCUCUUCGAGAGCAUCCAGAAGGACCCUGCUUCGAUGCUAGGCACUGAGCCCAUGGAGCUCAGUUAGUCUGCCCAGCGCCUGGCCACUGAGCCCCAGCCCCACCCUCCAUCCGGCUGGGGACCCAGGCCCACCCUCCAUCUGCACCCUUUAACUCAGGACUGUCACUGAGUUCCAGUCACUUGGCCACCCCUCCAGUCACUCUGGUGCCAACGGUACAGCCCCUGCCUCUGUACAGCACCCAGAAACAGGCUGCUCGAAAGGGACCGUCUGCAGUCGCAAGGGACUGUCCCACCCCAGCACUAACACUAAGAAAAACCCACAACUCAAUGCUUCUGAGUUCACUCAGACUAGAAUUCCAGUGUUGUUUGUAAUUGACAGCAAUGGUUCAGCAACUCAAAGGCAUCAAGGGCUUUUCCUGCAGGAGGGAGACAGGGUAGGGAAUGGACAGGCCUGAACUGAGUGUUUCAUCUUGAAACUUCAUAAUGUGAAGUUAUGUAGCAAAUUGUGGUUUCAAAUGUGCAAUUUCUAGUUUUUAGUAUUGAAGACAGAUAUGACAGGCCAAAAUAUUUCCUGUGACAUCCAAAGUGAAUAAAGAAUAUCCUAAAUUAUA